AUGGGAAAUCAACAUUCAUUAUUAAAUAAAGAACAAUUAGAACAAAUGAAAGAUAAUAGUAGUUUUUCAGAAGCAGAACUUAAAAAAUUAUAUAGAAGAUUCCAAAUGUUGGAUAAAGAUGGGUCAGGUACAUUAACAACUGAUGAAUUCUUAUCUAUACCAGAUUUAGCAUUAAACCCACUUUUAGAAAGAGUUAUUCAAAUCUUUGAUCAAAAUAAAGAUAAUGAAAUUGAAUUCUUUGAAUUUGUUGGUACACUUGCAACACUCUCCCAUAAAGGUACAAAAGAAGAUAAAUUAAAAUUCCUUUUCCAAAUUUAUGAUAUUGAUUGUGAUGGAUUUAUUAGUAAUGGUGAAUUAUUCCAAGUUUUAAAAAUGAUGGUUGGUACCAAUUUAAAUGAUGUACAACUUCAACAAAUUGUUGAUAAAACUAUUAUUGAAGGUGAUUAUGAUAAAGAUGGUAAAAUUUCAUUUGAUGAAUUCAUUCAUAUGAUUGGUAAUCAAGAAGGAAUAGAAGAAAAACUUAGCGUAAAUUGGUCAGAAUAA